AUCAUUCCAAAAUCAAAAAAAAAGACAAAAAUAUAUAUAAAAAAGAAAAAAAAAGAAAAAAAAAUAAUUGUCUUGCUCUGUUCUAUUUAACUUUUCUUAUAUAUAAAAAAAAUGGCGAAAAAUUUACUAGCAAUAUGUCUGGUGUUUAUGGUUGCAUCAAGUGUGGUUUAUGAAGUGCAAGGGACUUUCUUGUUAAAGCUUUACUUGAGGAGGAAGUUUCCCAGACGUUGUAUCGACUUUGCCCCUUAUGCUGGCAAAGGUAUGUUGAUGCUCGUGAGCAACCUUGAAGGUGGAUGUCCCGCAACUAGAGAGUUCAAACAAUUCUUUUCAACGUUCAAGUCUUACAUGAGCUUUAUCAGCUCAGCAUCGAUAUCCGCAUCGAAAAACAUCGAUGUGGAGAUGAAUGGGAGAUGUGAAUUGCUUUCCAAGGCUAUGUCUGCAUUGACUGGAAGCAAAAGCAGCCAAUCAUCGGAGUUAAAAAUGACCAUGUUGUCAAUGGGAAAGACUUUGGUUGAGCAGAAGAGGCAAGGUUCAAGGAUGAUGUCAUUGAAGCAAAAGAAAGAGUUGGUUGUGGCUAUGGUGAAAUGGACUCGAAUGGUUAUAACAUUCGUAAAGAGUGUCGCCGAGAAGAGAGGAAAGUCGAUUGAUGAAUCGUCUUACGGUCUUGAUGUUGAUGUUAAUGCCAGCAUUGGAAGUUCUAGUGGAAGUGAUGGCUCCUCUUCAUCCGAUAAUGAGAGUUCCUCAAACACCAAAUCACAAGGCACGUCCAGCAAAUCCGGAAGUGAAUCAACGGCUGGAAGCAUCGAAACUAACACCGGAUCAAAAACUGAGGCUGGUAGCAAAAGUUCUUCUUCAGCCAAGACAAAAGAAGUCAGCGGUGGAAGUUCUGGUAACACUUACAAAGACACUACUGGUUCAUCUUCAGGCGCCAGUCCAAGUGGAAGCCCCACGCCCACCCCUUCUACACCUACUCCUUCUACACCCACUCCUUCUACACCCACUCCUUCUACGCCCACUCCUUCUACACCUACCCCUUCUACGCCAGCCCCUUCAACUCCUGCUGCUGGCAAAACCUCUGAGAAAGGAAGUGAGAGUGCUUCGAUGAAAAAAGAAUCUAAUUCUAAGAGUGAAAGUGAAAGUGCUGCUAGCGGAAGUGUUUCCAAGACAAAAGAAACCAACAAAGGAAGCUCUGGAGACACUUACAAAGACACUACCGGUACAUCUUCGGGAAGUCCGAGCGGAAGUCCCAGUGGCAGCCCUACUCCCUCAACUUCUACUGAUGGUAAAGCCUCUUCGAAAGGAAGUGCAAGUGCAAGUGCUGGAGCAAGUGCAAGUGCAAGUGCUGGUGCUAGUGCAAGUGCUGAAGAAAGUGCUGCUUCUCAAAAGAAAGAGUCCAACAGCAAAAGUUCAUCUAGUAGCUCAUCCACCACAUCAGUAAAAGAAGUUGAGACACAAACUUCCUCAGAAGUCAAUUCUUUCAUUUCUAACUUGGAGAAGAAGUACACUGGAAAUUCAGAGCUCAAGGUCUUCUUUGAAAAGCUAAAGACUUCCAUGUCUGCUUCCGCAAAGCUAUCUACCUCAAACGCAAAAGAAUUGGUCACCGGGAUGAGAUCUGCUGCUUCAAAAAUAGCUGAGGCAAUGAUGUUCGUGAGUUCAAGGUUUAGCAAAUCCGAAGAGACCAAGACCUCCAUGGCAUCUUGCCAACAAGAAGUGAUGCAGAGUCUCAAGGAACUACAAGACAUCAACAGUCAAAUCGUGAGUGGCAAGACAGUGACAUCAACACAACAGACAGAGCUUAAGCAGACAAUCACCAAGUGGGAACAAGUCACAACCCAAUUCGUUGAGACGGCUGCUUCUUCAAGUUCAUCUUCAUCUUCAUCUUCAUCUUCGUCUUCUUCUUCCUCUCAGGGAAGUGCAAAGAUGGCCAUGAAAAACUGAGUACAAAGCCAAAGCUACAUCAAUGAGCCAUAAACCAGCAAGAAAGACAAACUAGUACCGCCCAAAAAUAUUAUAUUUAGUAGCUAAGUAGAGAUUUUGUUUUUGGUUUUAAAUAAAACUAAGAUCGGUAUACCUAUAAACCGACGUAAGCAAGUUAAAAAAACUAUGUAAAAAAUAAAGAUAGACUAAGCACUCUGUAUGUUAAUAUACAGAAGUGUAAGACCCAUUAAAGGGAUUUUGAAUAUUUUUCCUCUUCCAAGAAAUAAGUCCUAUAAUUUCGUUAGUGUAGUGAAUUGUGUCCACAAAAAAUCCUAUAUAAAAUAUAUUAGCAAAAUUUUAGGCUAAGAUUUGUG